AUGAACUUGUCCAAAAAGCUGGACCGAGCCGUCCAGUGGGCCGGGGAGAAGAUGGGCUCCGAUGCGAAAACUUCCCAUUCAGAAGAGUUCCAGAGGUUAGAGGCCGAGAUGAGUCUCCGCCAAGAGGGAAUGGAACACCUCCAAAAGGCCACCUCGGUAUAUUCGAAAUGGCUUUCCCGCCGAUGCGAUGCGUUUGAGGACAAGGGUCGCAGCCCUCCAUCUGCCCUUUUAGGUCGCACCAUGACGGCUCAUGGAAACGAGUUUGAGCCCGACUCCGACUUUGGCAAUGCUCUUGUUGCCGUUGGUCGCGCCAACGAGCGCGUCGCCAAUCUGCACAGCAACUUUGCCGACGACGUCACUGCCAACUGGCUUCACCAUGUGGAUCGAAACGUCACAAUGAUGAGAGACUAUCAGACGGCUCGGAAGAAGCUUGAAAGUCGUCGGCUAGCUUACGAUGCCAGUGUGUCCAAGAUGCAAAAAUCGAAACGGGACGACUUUCGAGUUGAGGAAGAAAUGCGCAUCAACAAGACCAAGUUUGACGAUGCAAGCGAGGAUGUCAUGAGACGCAUGCAAGACGUGCAAGCCUCCGAGGCAGAUUCCAUUGCCGCCCUCGACGCGUUCUUAGAGUCGCAACUCAAUUACCACGAGAAAGCCGCAGAGGAAUUACGUCGUGUCCGUCACGCAUUGGCCGAGGGUGGUCGACCAGACUCACCGUCUGGAGCUGAGCUGCGCAUUUCUAGAGCGCGUUCCAAUACAUCAAGAUCAUGGCAAGAUGCCAGGCAGGGAGAGUCGGGCAGGUCAAGCCCGCUACCCGAAAGAGCUCCUCCCCGCCGCGCAGCAAGUUCGCAUGUUGCACCGCCGCUACCGACACAACCACCGUCUCUUCCCGCGCCUUCACAGUCUUCGCGCCAGUCCCUGGCCCGAGCAGCAAUUUCUGGAACCAGAACUCCGCUUGCGUCUGCAGGAGCACGGGCGCCGUCCUUGAGGGCCACGGCGGAUACUGGAGGCUAUGGACACCAGUCCGACGACGUCUUCCGAGACGAUGAUGAUUCGACGGGUAGCGGUGACGGCAGCCAUGGUUGGGGAAACCGUAGCGCGAGUUCGGCCACCAGUUACGACAGCAUAUCGCGCGUCGGAAGUGGAAAUGAGUUGAGAAAGGCGACAACGGCGGCGCCACCUCCACCACCACCACCGAACAGGGCAAAGAAGCCCCCCCCACCGCCUGUGCCGGCGCGACGGGCGCACUUGAAUCGCUGA